UUUGCUCCAUUUGCCCUCCCAUCAAACCUCCACACCUUUCAAUCUGUUUUAGGUCAGUACUACUCAACUUUACUAUACACUAAAACUGUCCCUCCCUCCCCCACCUGGAGCUCUGACUCAGCCACUAUCGUUUGCGUGCAAACCUGGCUCAGCGGGAGAAAACCAAGUCUCUCCUCCUACCGCCACCAUGUCUGCCGAGACUUUCGAGUUCCAGGCUGAGAUCUCUCAGCUCCUCUCCCUCAUCAUCAACACUGUCUACUCCAACAAGGAGAUUUUCCUGCGUGAGCUGAUCUCCAACGCCUCCGAUGCUCUGGACAAGAUUCGCUAUGAGUCCCUGUCCGACCCCUCUAAGCUCGACUCGGGCAAGGAUCUCCGCAUCGACCUGAUCCCCAACGCCGAGGCCAAGACCCUCACCAUCCGUGAUACCGGUAUCGGUAUGACCAAGGCUGACCUCAUCAACAACCUCGGUACCAUUGCUCGCUCUGGUACUAAGCAGUUCAUGGAGGCUCUCUCCGCUGGUGCUGAUAUCUCCAUGAUCGGUCAGUUCGGUGUUGGUUUCUACUCUGCCUACCUUGUGGCCGACCGUGUCACCGUCAUCUCCAAGCACAAUGAUGACGAGCAGUACAUCUGGGAGUCCGCUGCCGGUGGUACCUUCACCCUCACCCAGGACACCGAGGGUGAGCAGCUUGGUCGUGGUACCAAGAUCAUCCUCCACCUGAAGGAUGAGCAGACCGACUACCUCAACGAGAGCCGCAUCAAGGAGGUUGUCCGCAAGCACUCCGAGUUCAUCUCCUACCCCAUCUACCUCCACGUCCUGAAGGAGACCGAGAAGGAGGUCCCCGACGAGGAGGACCACUUGGCUGUCAAGCACUUCUCCGUCGAGGGUCAGCUCGAGUUCCGUGCCAUCCUCUACGUCCCCAAGCGUGCUCCCUUCGACCUGUUCGAGUCUAAGAAGACCAAGAACAACAUCAAGCUCUACGUCCGCCGUGUCUUCAUCACCGAUGACGCCACUGACCUCAUCCCCGAGUGGCUCAGCUUCGUCAAGGGUGUUGUCGACUCUGAGGACCUUCCUCUCAACCUGUCUCGUGAGACUCUCCAGCAGAACAAGAUCAUGAAGGUCAUCAAGAAGAACAUCGUCAAGAAGACCCUCGAGCUCUUCACCGAGAUCGCUGAGGACCGCGAGCAGUUCGACAAGUUCUACUCUGCCUUCAGCAAGAACAUCAAGCUCGGUAUCCACGAGGACGCCCAGAACCGUCCCACUCUGGCCAAGCUCCUCCGCUACCAGUCCACCAAGUCUGGUGAUGAGGCUACCUCCCUUACCGACUACGUCACCCGUAUGCCCGAGCACCAGAAGCAGAUCUACUACAUCACCGGCGAGUCCAUCAAGGCUGUUGCCAAGUCUCCCUUCCUGGACAGCCUCAAGCAGAAGAACUUCGAGGUUCUGUUCCUGGUUGACCCCAUUGACGAGUACGCCUUCACUCAGCUGAAGGAGUUCGACGGCAAGAAGUUGGUCGACAUCACCAAGGACUUCGAGCUUGAGGAGUCCGAGGAGGAGAAGGCUGAGCGCGAGAAGGAGGAGAAGGAGUUCGAGGGUCUCGCCAAGAGCCUCAAGAACAUCCUCGGCGACAAGGUCGAGAAGGUCGUUGUCUCCCACAAGCUCGUUGGCUCUCCUUGCGCCAUCCGUACCGGCCAGUUCGGUUGGUCCGCUAACAUGGAGCGUAUCAUGAAGGCCCAGGCCCUCCGUGACACCUCCAUGAGCUCUUACAUGUCCUCCAAGAAGACUUUCGAGAUCUCUCCCAAGUCCUCUAUCAUUAAGGAGCUCCGCAAGAAGGUUGAGGCCGAUGGCGAGGGUGACCGCACUGUCAAGUCCAUCACUCAGCUGCUCUUCGAGACCUCCCUCCUGGUCUCCGGUUUCACCAUUGAGGAGCCCGCUAGCUUCGCUGAGCGCAUCCACAAGCUCGUCUCCCUUGGUCUGAACAUCGACGAGGAGGCUGAGACCACCGAGGAGAAGGCUGCUGAGGAGGCUGCCCCUGCCGCCGCCGCUGCCGAGAGCUCCAUGGAGGAGGUUGACUAAAUGUUGACCGCAUGAUGUCACGAUCUUCUUUUCGAGCAAAAUGGAAAUGAGAUGUAACUGAUUUGUGAUGACCCGGAAACUGUUCCAGCGGUAUUUGCAUCAGGGAUCUAAUAUUCACUGAACGAUAUUGCGUUAUUAAUCGGAACGGCAAAGGAACCCUUUUUCCUUUGAUCCUUU